AAAGCAUCUCUUCAGUUCUGGUCUCUGGCUUUGUUAUUGGCUCUGGUUGGCUCCAGGGUUUCCUCCUUGAUACUUCUUGAGUUUAUACUGAGAGCACUGUCAGCUUGGGGCACAGCGGAAUCACAAAAUGUAAACUUGGAUCUGCUCUUGGUCCAGUGUCAGUUCUCUCUGGGCUGUGGACUCACUUGUACUCUAGUUUAUAUCCACCAGGGUGCGCCACAUAGCACUUUAGGCUUGUUUUUGGCAGCAGCUCUGAGUUGGGCCCUGGCAAGUUACAGCAUGGGUCUGUGGAGACAUGUGGCUAAGCUGUACCCUUUGCACAGUAAGGAGCGUUACUGUGGGAAGUGCAUCUCCCUGCUGACCUCGGGACAUAGCAUACUGACCAAACUGCAGAAAAUGGUCAUCCUGGUUUUCGCACUUGCGGCUGCUGUUUCCACUGCCACAGUGUUUGAAAACUUCCUAUCCCAGAAAGAUGCUCUGAAGCUCUGGACUCCCCUCACUCUCUGUUACACCCUGCUGGUGGUCUAUAUUCAAGAUGGACAGAACCGUCAGACUGUGACUGAAGCCCUGAUCCAUUCUGUCCUGGUGCGUUUGGGUGCCCUCCUGGUCCUGAUGUUAACUGUGGGAGACUGGGCUGAUGUGCUCCAUGUCCUUAUAGCAUUUUUGGGAGAAGCCGUUUGUUUGCUGCCCUCACAGGACAUUCUACAGGCUGUGUUAAAGGAGGACGAAGAAACAAGCAAUCUAAUCUCCAAAUAUGGUAACAGAUACAAUACUUCCAGUAAAUUUAAAAUCUCAACAAAAGACAAACAAUUUGCAACAUCAUCUAUGACCUCUAGUGAGAAAAGGACAUGACUUUGAUGCAUGAUAGGUUUGGGACAAGAUCUGGCAAGAUCUGGCAAGACUAAUUUGCCAGAUUGUUCACACAUAUGAAAAAUCAUCUUGUGAAAUCAACUUUAUAUUUUAUUUAUUCUAAAUUAUAUCAAAAUCAUGAACACAAUCUUGCAUCUUGUCUUAUAUGGGAAUUGUGUCUCAUUCCACUCCUAAUACACACUGAGGCUAUGUUUUUGCAUUGAGAAGUAUUUGACAGAUAUUUUUAUUCAAAGAAUCAAAAAUGUGCUUUCUGUGUAAAUAUGUGGUUGAAUCAUAC